ACAAAAUGUUUCGCGACUAACCUCACUUUUACUUUUUGUCAGUCGAAGUUUAAAUUAUUUCAAAAGUUUACAUUGUUUAUAGUGUUGAGUUGUGUAAAACAUUUGUAUCGUUGUUAUGGUAGUUUUUGAUAAUUUAGUCACAUCGGCAAUGUCUGAGGGCUUUACCGAAUCGGAAACCUAUAUUUGGAACACCGACAAUGACUACCUUGGUGAAGGAACUUUCGGAAAAGUCUACCUCGGCGUGCACAAAAGAACCGGCGACAAGGUAGCUGUCAAAACGUUCAGAUGUUACCCCCGCGAAGUACCAAAAGAAACCAAGAUGUUACAAAGUCUGAAACAUCAAUACAUUAUUCAAUUUCAUGCUAUCGAAACCGAAAAAAAUACCGAGAAUAAGGUGAUGGUUAUGGAAUUGUGCAAUGGAGGCAGUUUGAUGAAUUUUUUAAACGAACCGGAAAAUGCUUGUGGGCUACUGGACAGUGAAUUUCUGUUGGUUUUUGAACAUUUGUCUGGAGGACUGGAAUAUUUGAAAAAACACAACGUUAUUCAUCGUGAUGUUAAACCAGAUAACAUAAUGCGACACGUCUUUGCCGACGGCCGCGUAAUAUACAAACUAGCCGACUUCGGCACCGCUCGUGAACUUCCAGAAGGCCAAAAUUUCUACUCACUCCACGGCACUGAACCAUAUCUCAACCCCCAACUUUUUAAAGUGUGCUUUUUCAAAGACGCCGAAUUUAGAAGAGAAUUUGGAGCUAACACCGAUUUAUGGUCCAUCGGUGUCACCCUCUACCAAAUCGCCACGGGAACUCUACCCUUCAUGGUACAGGAUCGGCAAGUCAUGCUAGCGAUUUACAACGAAAUGCUACAAACCCAAGGAAUAAUAUCUGCAGUUCAGCAAAGGAAUUCAGAAGAGGUAGUUUUCCAGAAGAAACUACCCCAAACGAGUCGUCUAAGUGAGGGUUUAAAGUCUCUGAUCACGCCAAUUAUUGCCGGCCUUUUCGAACAAGAAACAAAUAAGCAGUGGUCUUUCACUCAAUACUAUGAACGGGUUUUAGAAUUACUUUCGAGAAAAGUCAUGAGUGUUUUCUACGUGAAUAAAAUGCAGAUCUUGAAGAUUUACGUGAAACCGGACGAUACUUUUAAUGAUUUCAAAGAGUACGUUUGUCAGCAGAGUGAAGUUAGCGAAGAAAAUCAAGUUUUUCUAUAUAAGCAACACUUGAUAGUUAGCAGUUUUGACGAAUUUCAUUCCGUCGGUUCGCAGUGUAUAUAUUUGUUUGAUAGAACUGCUGCAAAGGUAGAAUCUAUGAGUAAUACUCAACUGAUCUAUGAAAAUUUAUCCACUUUUCCUUCAAAAUUCAGGGCUGAUUCCGACUGUGAUGAAUUGAGACUGGCAUUCGUAGCCUGUAGAGAUUUGUGUGUUUGUAAGAACCUAAUGGAUUAUCAAUCCACCGUCUACAAACAUUUUACUGCAUUCAUGAACGAUUUUCAUGCUUACUGCAAAGAAGAACAAAACGAGCAGCGGAAGAUGUAUGAUAUUUUGCUGGACAAGAAUUGCAGUGUCAACAGCAGAGUGAAAAUUCUAGCGAAGCUUCAAGAUUUAAGCCAUUCCCCAGAUGAAGAAUUUACUGAAAAAUUCAAGACCGUAACUGACAAUUUUAAGGAGCAAGCUGGCAAAAUUUUUGAUGAUCUCGCAGAUAGCAGACCAGAAACAGAAGUUGACACAAAACAUGACUCCUAUCUUAGCAUCGUUGUCAAGGAGUUGUCAGACAUGAAAAGUAUGACGAAGAACUUGUACAGUGUAAAACUCAACAAUAAGAAACUGUAUGAGUACGAGAAGAUAAAAAUAAUUCAUUGUGUCAGGACAAUAAUGGAAAUAUUGACAGACAAAAUACAUCCAGAUUUUGAAGCGUACGUCGAUGAUGCAAAACGCUGGUACAAAAAGGAGUUUUUUGGACAGGUCCGAUCUCUAAGUGUUUUAAAAAAACAUAUCAAUCGAUAUAGACGCGAUUUGAAUGACUUUGAGGCAGAUGUUGAUACUAGAAGUAACGAGAAGUUGGAAGCAAUUAGUAAGACCAAACAGCCGACCAUGGAUACUCAUAAGUUGUUUGGGAUGUUGGAACAAUAUAAACGAAAUAAUUGUGACAUGAAGUCUUUAAUAGAAGAGAACAUACAAUUGGCCGAGAAAAUAGGUGAACUCUUCUUGAGUUUGGACACAAAUAUGUCAACGGAUUUGUAAGAAGUUGGGUAAUUGGAUCUAAGGUGAUUUAGUUGUAAGAAAUCAAAUUCAGCGUUAUUUUGCCUGAAUUCAAUUUUCAAGGGUAUUAUGAAGUAUUUUUGUACUGACAAAAGGCUGUUGUGUAUAAUGUAGGCAGUGUAAAUAACAUAAAGCAAUAUGUGGACAUGUAAUGAUAAAUAUAUUCUUGAAUAUACACAUUAUUUUGA